UGAGGGGUUCCAACGCGCAGCUGGAAAGAGGAGCAGAUCAGCCCCGAGCCCUUUUAAAUUCUCUUUACGCAGGCGCACAUGCGGCCAGCUGUGACGGAGAUGUGAGGAAUGUUGACGGUGACGGACUGGAAGGUGUGUCGCUCUUUGCUGCUCCUGUCGCCUCCCCCCUUUAGUUAAAGGGAGACAGACAGAGAGAGGGGGGUGAGAGAGAGAGAGAGCGAGAGAGAAAGACGUUUCCUGUCCUCUUGGUGCUAACGCCGUCGCCGAUCGCUCACUUCACACGAUGGCACGCCUGCGUCCGUGUGCGAAGCCGCUGCGUAGCGAGCCCCGUUGCCUCUCGUAAGCAGCGAGACAAACCCAGAGAGAGAGAGAGAGAGAAAAAAGUGUCUCCAUGUCUGAAUUCGGGUCGCAGAAGAAGAGCGACGUCGGCCCACCGGUUGCUGCAGACUGGAGAGGAGCGUGCGGAGGGGCCAGCGCCGGGAUGAGCGCGGAGGCGCGCCGCGGAGGGGAGCCCGUGUCGAACGGAAGCUGCAGCGCGUCGGACGCCGUCAAGAGGCUCCAGAACGAAUCCCGCUGCGAUUCCCCGACCUGGGAGAACACGGCGUCGGAGUCGGCCCCCAAAUCAGCGAUCCCGCGACGCAGCAGUCUGAUUAAGGAUGGCUCACGUGCCGGCCGGGAGAAAAAGAAGACCGUGUCCUUCAGCAGCAGCCUGUCGGAGAAGAAGAUCAGCAGCGCCGCCGGGUGUAUCCACUCCAUGGUUGAAGGCAGCGAGCUGAAGAAGAUCCGUCCCAAUUCCCGUGUUUAUCAGCGGUACUACCUCCUGGACGCAGGCCUGCAGGCUCUGUUCUGGGAGCCGUCCAAGAAGGAGUCGGACAAAGCUCGGAUCUUCCUCGACUCGAUACGCGAGGUCCGAACAGGCCGUAACACGGAAACCUUCCGCACCAGUGGAGUUUACGAGCAGAUUUCCGAGGACUGCGCAUUUUCCAUCAUCUAUGGAGAGAUGUAUGAGAGCUUGGACCUGGUGGCAAACUCUCCAGAAGUGGCAAACAUUUGGGUUACUGGACUGAGGUAUCUCAUGCAGUACGGCAGACAUGCCCUCGACAUGCUCGCCAACAGUCAGGACAGUCUUCGCCUUCGCUGGCUGGAGCAGCUCUUCUCCUCUGCGGCCGACUUGAACAAGCAGGACGUCUUGGACGAAGGGAUUCCCUUGCAGUCAGCUGUGAAGUUGGUACAGAGUGCGAAUCCCGGAGUGAGCGGCGUAAAAGUGGAGCACAGGUUUAAAGAGAUUCAGAGACUCAGGGAGAAGACGUGCGCGCCCGCAUCGCACAACGAAUCAGGAUCUAAAGAGCACGCUGAAAACGAACAGCCGUCGGAGAGAAAGGAGCGCGUGACCAAGCAGGAGUUCGUUGAGGUCUUCCAUGACUUCUGCACCCGCCCGGAGAUCUACUUCCUGUUGGUGCAGUUCUCAAGCAACAAGGAGUACCUGGACGCCAAAGACUUGAUGAGGUUCAUUGAAGCUGAGCAGGGUGUGGCACAAGUGAGUGAGGAAACCAGUCUGAAACUCAUCCAGACCCACGAGCCAUCAGAAGAGGGACGGCAACAGGGACACCUGUCAUUGGAUGGCUUCACCAGCUACCUCACGUCCUCGGAGUGCCAUCUGUUUGACCGGGAGCAUAACGCCGUUUGUCAGGACAUGUCCCAGCCUCUGUCUCACUACUACAUCAACUCCUCCCACAACACCUACCUCAUCGAGGACCAGUUUCGAGGUCACUCGGAUGUCUCCGGCUACAUCCGCGCCCUGAAGAUGGGCUGCCGGUGCGUGGAGGUGGACGUUUGGAACGGCCCAGAUGGGGAGCCAGUGGUGUGCACGGGGCACAGCCUUUCCCGUCCGCUGGUCCUGCAAUCUGUGUUGGAAGCCAUUGGAAGGUUUGCAUUUGUCUCAUCGGAGUAUCCGCUGAUUCUCUGCAUUGAAAACCACUGUUCGCCGCAACAGCAGAAGGUUUUGUUGCAACAUCUCACCAGGAUCUUGGGGGAGAGACUGUAUAGAGAUCCACCAGACGAAGGGGCUUUGUACCUACCGUCACCACAGGCAUUAAGACACCGAAUUCUUCUGAAGGGUAAAAAGCUUGGGCCAGAUUUAGGCGGGGAAGACGGGGAGGUAAGUGAGGAAGAUGAAGGAGCAGAAAUGAGUCAAAGGAUAAAAGCUGUAAAUGCUGGUGGAACUGAGAAGGAUGUGCAGAAAAGUGUCUCUCUCACAUCUGUCCCUCAGUCUAACGUGCCUCAUCUUCUUCUACCCAAACGCUUCCAGCUGUUGAGGGAACUGUCCGACUUGGUGACUCUGUGUCACUCUGUUUGCUUCAAAGACUUCAAGACUUCCUCUAAAACUCAAAAACCUUGGGAACUGUGCUCCUUCCACGAGUCCCUGGCCUUGCGUCUCGCUGGUGACAGCCCUGGAGACUUUGUCAACCACAACAAGCAUUUCCUGUCUCGAGUGUACCCCAACCCCAUGCGCAUAGACUCAAGCAAUAUGAAUCCCCAGGACCUGUGGAAGUGUGGCUGUCAGAUUGUGUCGAUGAACUUUCAGACAGCAGGACUGAUGAUGGACCUGAACACGGCGUGGUUCCGGCAGAACGGGAGCUGCGGUUACGUGCUGCGUCCAGCCAUCAUGCGGCAGGAAGUCUCUUAUUUCAGCGCUGAAACCAAAGACACAGUACCUGGGGUGUCGCCGCAGUUGCUACAUGUAAAGGUGAUCAGUGGCCAGAAUCUGCCCAAACCGAAAGGUUCUGGGGCCAAAGGGGAUGUCGUAGACCCAUAUGUGUACGUGGAGAUCCACGGCAUCCCGGCUGACUGCACGGAGCGGCGAACCAGGACUGUGACGCAGAACGGGGACAACCCCAUCUUUGACGAGAGCUUUGAGUUCCAGAUCAACUUGCCCGAGCUGGCCAUGGUUCGUUUUGUGGUGCUGGACGAUGACUACAUCGGGGAUGAGUUCAUAGGCCAGUACACUAUACCACUGGAGUGCCUCCAACCAGGCUACCGGCACGUGCCCCUCCAGUCCCUCACCGGGGAGGACCUUCCACACUCCCAGCUGUUUGUGCACGUGGCCCUCACAAACAGGAGAGGAGGCGGGAAACCCUACAAAAGAGGCCUCUCGGUACGGAAGACCCGGAGGGGCAGGGAGUAUACGGCGCUGAGGGACUUAGGAGUUCGGACUGUGGACGACGUUUUCAAGAUGGCUGCUCCUCUUCUGAGAGAAGCGACAGACUUGAGGGGUAACAUGCAGAACUCGGUGGCGGUAUUCAGGGAGCUGUGCGGGGUGUCGGCCGUGGCCAACCUCAUGCAGUGUGUGCUGGCCCUGGGCUCCAGCGUCUCGGGCCCUGAGGGGACCCCUCUGCUGCUGUUCGACCUGAGGGACAACUACCCCAGCCUGGAGCCCCAGGGACCCCUGCCGGAUGUCCUGCGCCGAGUCGUCUCUACCUAUGAAGCGAUGGUCAAUGCGAGCAGAGCUGUGAUGGAGGUUGCAGAUGCAAUCUAUGAAAAAAUCCUGCAUAUACAGACAAUGGCGAUGGAGUUCCACGAGAAGCUGCAAAGCCUGGCGAUGAAGGAAGGGCUAAAGGGUUCCAAGGUCAGUCGUGCGCUGGAGAACUUCAGCUGGAACAUCACCAUCCUUAAGGGCCAGGCCGACCUGCUCAAACACGCCAAGGCAGAAGUGGAGGAGAACAUGAAGCAGGUGCAUGACGCAGCUAUGACUGGAAACCUCAGCAAGAAGGGGACGGGUCUGAGGCGAGUCCGCUCCAAAACAGGACGGGGCCUGGACGACGGCGCCAGCGCUUGAGGCCCCAUCGUCUUAGCAAGAUGACCACACUUUUGCCAUAUUUGCUAGGGUACUUUUUCGCCUACCGCCAGUUUCACACUCCCACAGCUCUGAGUGCAUCACAGGAUUAAAGAUCAGAGAAAGCGUUUCACUAAAGCACGUUCUAGGAGCUACAAUGGCCGUUAACGUGGCGACGUAACGGCGUGGAGAUCCAAGAACUGCAGUGCUGGAGAGAUGAAUGUAGUUAGACUCGAAGCCAAGGUUCUGCUGUUUGUGCCGUUGUACACAAGCCAAAUGUUUAGUUAUCUCCCUCCUAUGUGAACUUUGUGUGGGUUUAAAGUGGUGCCACGAUUGCAUUUUUACAUAGGUGAUCUGAAAGGUUAGUCAAUUCAAUCGUUGCUUUGGAGAAAACAAACUAAAGUCUGAAACUAGAUCAGGUUACAGGCCGUCUUGCCCUUUAAGCUAAGGAACACCUACUCUGUCUGUACACCAUCAUCGUGUGGACCAGUGCCGCCCCGUGUGUCUUCAGCUUCUCUUUUUUACCGAGCAUCGCUUGCUCCCACGUCGCUGCUCUAAACUCAGUUGCCAUGAGAUUGUCUGUUUUGCACCAAACCUCUUAUCUUCCCCCCCUUUAAAUAUUGUCUUACAUACAGUAUUCUAUAUUUUUGUAUUUCCCAGACCCCCCCCCCCCCCCCCUUCCUCCGCACAUCCCAACCUCGCCGUGCUACUUAAUCCCCUCUUACCUGCCAUAGCGAUCAACUCCAGAGGUGUUGAUGUCUUGCCUCCAGGGAACUGAUACUGUUACAGAAGAAAGUGUUUACUUUGCGUGCAGAAACACUGUAAAGUAUUUUAAUAUGUGAUUCUAUCCUUUUUGCUGUAAAGAAUAUUUUGCAUAAGUUAUUGAUGCUGAAUGGAAAAAAAACAUUCCAGAUGCGUACCAGUGUUGUGGCAGUAGAUGAAGCCCGGGUGGAAAUAAACACGUGUAGUUUUUUCUAAAAUGACUAA